AGUUAACCUCGACGCUGGUAGACAGCACCGCUUUUGCAGGCUCAAAGUGUGCAGCCGAAUGAUAAGAAUCCCACUCCGUGUGUAGUGCAGAAAAUCGCAUCGUGCUGGGCACCCAACUGCAACUCACUCAAACCAUCAGUCAAACUAUCCUGCCAAGCAAAUUAAACCCUCAAACUUGAUCGUAAUGGAAACAAAUAUCACAAUGCCGCACACUGAUGAGCGUCCACCCACACCGCAUCCUGAUACGGAAUGGGUUGCGCAUCCGAACGCACCAUUGAAAAACACAUGCCAAUUCUUUCGGCUAGGGUUCUGUCGCUUCGGAACCGAGUGUCGCUUUGUCCAUGGACUCACCUCCUCUAGUACGGACCGACGAAACACACCAGAUAUCGUGUCAACGGUAAUAACAAAAGGCGUAGCCCAGCACGAACAGCCACAACCAUCACAGACGCCAUCGUUUUCAUCGUCAUCACCGACUAGGAAUCGUAAAGCAACCAGAAUAGAGGAAACAAAUCAAAGCACCAAGUCGCAGCCUAUUACAGGAGAGAGCACUGCACAACAAAAAUCACAGUUUGAUCCGUCGAAGUGGAUUAACGCGCCCGUCUUUGUGCCGCGCUCUCGUUUGCUUGAUCAGACAGCAGCCGCAUGUAGCGGAUCCCAUGACCAUCAGAUACAACCACAACAAGCAGUCAGUGAGCCAGUAAACGAAUCUAAGGACUGCAGUGCAAGCACUAGCGCCAUCAACUGUUUGUCAUAUGCCAGCAUCGUAAAAUCAAACGACAACCACAAUGGGUCUGAACUUGUUGUGACAGCCGAUACUGAGAUAUGCAACUACUACGAGCGCCACGGGAUCUGCACACUCAAGGAUUGUCGCCUGGUACACGGGGACCUUUGUGAACUUUGUGGCAAGUACGCUCUGCAUCCCUCUAAUCACGAGCAGCAACGAAAGCAUAACGCCGAGUGCAUCAAGCAACACGAGCUGGACAUGGAGCAUUCAUUCGCGGUGCAGCGUUCGCGCGACAAAACUUGCGGUAUAUGCCUCGAAGUGAUCUUUGAGAAACCAGUUCGCGAGCAGCGGUUUGGUAUUCUUCCGAACUGCAACCACAUCUUUUGUCUCGCGUGUAUUCGUACCUGGCGCAAGGCAUCAAACUUCGAAAACAAAAUCAAACGCGCCUGUCCAACGUGUCGUACAUCUUCGGACUUCGUGUGCCCUAGCAUCGUAUGGGUUGAGGCGGGAGACGAAAAAGACCGGCUUAUCGGUGACUACAAAAAGGCUUGCAAAUGGACCGACUGUAAGCAUUUCCGCAUGGGCACGGCGAAAUGUCCAUUCGGAAACCGUUGUUUCUAUCGCCACGCUUUACCAGAUGGAAAUCUGGUUGACGUGGGGGCACCUUCUCGCCAGCACGAUCGCAACAGUGGCCAAAGACGUCGCCGGACCCAUCACUUGGAGCUUCAGGAUUUUUUUGCGCAAAUACUCCAACAGCGCGGCAUGUUACUGGAUGAAUUUGUAACCUAUCUGCUUUCGGAUGAAGAAGACUCGGAUGUGUCCGAUCUGUUUGAUUUCGAGGUUUAAAGUGGUUUAUGAAAAAGAUUCGAGCCAGUUAUAUCGCAACAACUGUAGAUCGCAACUGUACAUCGUCAAUCAAAAGUUAAAGCGAAGUGAAAGCAAAGGGACAGUAAGAGAGAAGCGCAAAUGAAUGGUAGAGAUAGAUUUAUUGAAUAAGUGGAACAACUAAGGAUGGGCCAUUUUUCGAAAAUUGUCAACGAGUGUCGGCCAAGCUGUAUGUAUGUGGCCCUGAGAGCUGAGGUUGAACUAAACUGAGAGCAGAACGGUUGAAUACUGUGAAUUCGGUGUGCUGUGCUAGCAUUGCCAAAUGUGAUGUUUAGUUUUAGGCAGAAACGUAUAUCAUUUAGUGACUAGCCCAGCGACCUGAUUUUAGUCUCUGCGUGCGCUAGGUGUUUCCAAAAACAGGAUUGCGUUUCUACAUAAAUCAAAACAUCACAUUCCAGGAUGCGCCCUGUCGCAGGAUGCCAAAUUUUGGUACCAUUUUGCUGAUAGUGUGGUGAUCCCUUUAUUAGGCAACCAAGUAUAUCGCUCAAGGACGAUCAUAAUUUAAGAAGGCUUUUGGAAGGGCACUGCUACCAAACACGCUCUUCUUUCCACUCUUUCUUUUUGCUUAUUUUGUUGUUGUUUCCUAUUGUCUUUUUUUUGUCUCCCACAAAUUUAUUAUUGCGGCCAAUUGUACUGUGUUACCUCAUGUUCACGUUAUAAUUGUACAAUUUUUGCAAUAACAUAGUCUCAUUCCUAAGCCAGGCUACAACUAAACAAGCUCACCAUUAAGCGGUACAAGGACGUUCAAUUAAGAAUGGUCAUUGAAUGCGCAUUCUGUGGCGAGCUUGCGAUGACGUCGCUAUUUGUCAGCAUGCGUAUCAUAUGUUUCAAAUGCUUUAUUGAUACUCUUAUUAUAUUCUGCAUAUAGCAUAUCUCUACUUAUUUAGUGUAGUCCAGUCUAUUUUUUGUUUCGCAUAAUCAUGAAUAUAGUUAAAUCAUGUUUCCUCGUAGUUCUGUUUCAUGGCUAUUGCUGAGGAUUUUUAUUGAAGGUGUGGAGCUAUGUGGUACUUUGGCCAGGAGGAGCACGCCAUUCGAAAAAUUGUAAAUUGCAUUAUCUUCUGGCAAUCUUCGCGCAAUGAUUCUCCAAGAAAGAAAAAUAAGACACCCUGAAUACUUUGUUGACCGCUAUACUACAUUACGUUCAAAUUAUUUAACAAAUUUACGAACGAAAACAGAUAUAGCAGUAAAAACAUGCUUAAGACUACAUCCAGCAUACUAAUCAGACAUCGUUAGGCAGGAUGAGAAUCGAAGCACGAAAAACGAUUCUUGUUUUUUUUGUGAAUUGAACAAAAGGGUGAAGCAAACGCUUAAUGCUUGCCUAAUCGAACUUCCGUUUAUCCUUAUAUAAUUCUCUAAUCGCAAAAAUGGAAUGUUCCUCCUUGUUCCUCCGGAACCAACAUACCUACACUACGUUUUUCGCAGUGUGGCAGUAAUAUGUACAUAUUGUUAAUUUCAUGUUCGCAGAAUGAAAAGUAAACAAAUAAAAACAACACACUCAUGCGCAUUCAGAAUAUAAUAAAAUAUAUCUCACGUUGAUGGAUGCUGGCAGUUGGGAAAACAUAAACAGAUUUGCUUAUAUGAGACAGUUGUAGAAAGAGUUAAAGAAAUGCAUACAAUAUGAAAAAGAAAAACAUCGACAGCAUGGCAAAUUAUUUUUUUGAAUAUGUGUGUAUCUGAAAUCGGCCGAAAGACGAAAAAAUAGAAAACGUUGAAAGUAAACGAGCACGGAUUCGCGGAUACUAUUAGCCCUUGAAGAGUUUAUUGGUUGACAGUAUAAAAUUUAAAAAAUGGACGAACACACCUAAAGCCGCACUUGAAUUGGGUUUUCCUUGACGUAUUUGAAAAUAGGUAGGAAAAACGCCUAAAGCUGCCGACUCAAGAACUGCCGUUGAUUGUUGUUGACCGUUUUAGAGUCGCAAGUAAUAGUUUACACUAUAUGUCGUUAGUAAACCUUUCACAUCUUAUUGGAAAUAUUUCAAAGUAUAAGAAGUCGCCUUGAAUCAUACAGUGGUUGGCACAUGGAUCCGACACUGGUAAAAGAACCAAUUUAUUGCUCUAAUCUUCUUGAUUCCUGAAUCUUAUUGUAUUUCAUUUUUCUCAUAAUUUUUCGUUCCGAUUAGUUUAUUGUUUGGAAGUGCGAAGCACCUAGCCGACCCGGUAAAAAGAUGCCUUAACUUCUGCUCCGCAUUUCGUUGUACUAAAUUCGUGUAUGUGUUUCUGUGUAUAUCAGGCCACCUGUUAGAUAAACCUCCUACUUUAUUAUCAUCGAGAUGUUGAUUAACUAACCUAAAGAGAAAAGGAAACUCAUGGAGUAAAACGAAAUAGAUAGGAAACUACUGGGCACAGCUUUCAGAACAUAGUAUUGCAUCGUCAAUCAGAUAGGUUUCGUUCGAUUCCACAUUUGUUAACAUAUACAUAAUCAUAAGGGUGUCUCAAUAGCUAAGUAUGCCUAUUUACACAUAGGGAACAGUUGGAAGGAACCAAAUUUAAAAUUAUUGUACGCAAAAUAUGAAGCAACAUACGCAGAAUGUUACUUCGGCUGCACCAGUUACAACCGUAUGAGCAACCAAAUUUUAAA